CUUAGAACUUGGGGUAGAAGUGUAGAACCGUAGAAGCGCUUCGGAAGUGUUCUCGAUUGUCAAUUCACCAGUGUUGGCCUUUCGCAUUCCUUCUCCUAACACUCUUCCCGUCGUCGGCGUCAUGUGGGUGGAGAUCCUCUGCGGACUCAUCGUUUACAAGCUCUUCCGCAGCUUCUUCUGCUCCGGCGACGAUGUUCUAGAUGUCGAGACCUCCGACACCAACGCCGUUUUCAUCGUCGCCAAUCGACUUGAAAAGCUGUAUGGAGGGAAGGUCUAUGUAGGGCUUCGGAUUCCAGAUCCUGAUACAGGUUUACGUCAGGGUAUUGAUGUAGUCCUAGUAACCAAAGGGGAGGCAGCAGUGAUUUCUGUCAAGAACUUAUCUGGAUUAGUAUCAAUGAAGGCCGAUGGCAGCUGGGUAUGUGAGGGGGGUAAUGGGAACAAAGCUGAGCAUCUUUCGAACCCUGUAGAAGAGGUCAAGAAGCAGGCUUCUAUCCUUGGAUCGUAACUUGAGCAGAGGGGAACCGCUCUUCCAGACGAAUUUUUGUCUUACAAAGUUAUCCUUCCGAAUCCUAAGUUCCGAACCAUCCAUGCAAGCUACUUUCCAUCGGAGGUGAUUAUAUAUGAUCAAUGGACCAUCCUGAAGCCAGAGUCGAAAAGUUUUUCCUUAAGCUGGAUCAAGAGUGCAGUUUAUUGUGGAAAGAAGGAGAAUCAGCUCGUUGUUCAAAAGACCAGUAUGUUCGGACUAGCUGAUGUAGCUCCUUCGAGGCUCCAAGUAUUGUCCUCGGCUCGUGAUUUUCUAAACGAAGGUGCCACGUCGUCCGAGUGGAAUGAAGAAACUGUAAGAUCGAGUACAGAAGUCGUGUUUCAGCCUCAGAACUCGACAAAGGUCCGGAAAUUCAAGCUCUCUUCAGUUACCUCUAUGUCGCUGAGUGCGUGACAGAGUACCGUACUGCAUUGGGUCUAGGGUACUGGAAUGAUAUCUCAAUCUAGGCCUUCCGUAGAAUGCUUGAUGUCAUACCUGUAAGUGUUUUGUUACUUUGUAUAGUUAGCUGAGUAUGCAGAACCUAAACUAAGAGAUGCAUCCAUCCAUUACUAUACAGAAAUCGAUUUACGCCAGGGAGAGGAAAGAAAAACCAGCAUGUUCUUGGUUAUCGGAACAGUUGUAUAUACUAUACUAGCAUUUUGCCCGGCCGGUUGGCCGGAGGAAUUUUUUACAAUGAUGGUAUCUCAUGACUCAUGUGUGAGCAACGACAUGAAUGUGAUUUAAGAUCUCAGUCAUUGCAUGUAUGUGUCGGUGGUAAUUAUAUAAAUGUUACCACUUACAUUUACGGGUAAGAACAUUAGCCCGCUUGAUUUAAUAUGCGUU